GACCGUCAUGGCGGCGAAUCGUGGAUUUAAAGAGCUUGCGCCUAUAAAAAAUUGUUGAAUCAACAAUUAUGAGCGCUCGUGAUCGAAACUACAACAGCGCCGCUCGAGAGGAACCCUCUUUCCCGACACUUUUACGGACGUGCCCGAUCGCCGAGAUUGCACUCCUUACCUAUAGUCUCCUUGGUUCGAACGACCGCUCUAAGUAACGCCAUCAGCGCGCCACACGGUAACGCCACGCUGUAACGCAAAGAACGCAGACAUAUAGUCCGGCAACUUUUCUAGCGCCACGUUUGGCUAUCGGGGAUUUUUGUUUUUUAAUCUUCUACCAAAAUGCUGAAGGGCAUUGUUACUCUUGUGACUGGAGGUGCUUCCGGCCUGGGCCGAGGCACUGUGGAAAGAUUCGUAAAACACGGUGCAAAAGUUGUUAUCGCCGAUUUGCCCACCUCUCAGGGAAACUCCAUUGCCAACGAACUUGGAGAAGCAAACGCUAUAUUUGCUCCCGUAGAUGUGACCUCGGAAUCGGAUGUGACCGCAGCACUGGAAAUGGUAAAGAAUAAAUUUGGGAAAUUGGACGUGGUUGUGAACGCGGCUGGAGUCGCGGUAGCGUUUAAAACUUACAAUUUCAACAAGAAGAGAGCACACUCAUUGGAGGAUUUCGCCCGAGUGUUGACGGUCAAUACGGUGGGAACGUUCAACGUGAUAAGAUUGUCGGUUGGGCUGAUAGGAGAGAACGAGCCGAAUGUGGACGGUCAGCGAGGAGUGGUGAUUAACACGGCAAGUGUGGCAGCAUACGACGGUCAGAUAGGUCAAGCAGCAUAUUCGGCAUCGAAGGGGGCGAUUGUCGGAAUGACGUUGCCAUUGGCACGUGACCUUUCAACGCACGGUAUCAGAGUAGUUACGAUUGCACCGGGUCUUUUCGACACACCGUUAUUGGGUUCGUUACCCCCGAAGGUCCGAUCAUUCCUGUGCAAAUCAGUACCAUUUCCGCAAAGACUCGGCAGUCCGGACGAGUACGCCCAGCUCGUUCAAUCGAUCGUCGAGAAUCCGCUGUUGAACGGCGAGACGAUCCGACUGGACGGUGCUCUCCGUAUGCAGCCUUGAAAACUCCUAUGAAUCCGGUACUACCAUUUUUAUAUGCAUUUUUACGGACUCCAUCAGAUUACGAAUGAGUUAUCAGUAAUAAAAAACGAAUUUUUUUCACACGCAA